ACUCAGGCCAGGCCCUGGGCAGACAAUGUUUAAAUGACUUUAUUUUUUAUCUUUUCCUCAUUUUAUAAAUGGGCACAGCACAGAAAUAAUUAAAAAAAAUAGACAGUACCAUUACAGUGCUAAAUCCAUUGGCAAAGAUUAUUUUUAGAGUCUUUUUUUCUUUUUUUUUUUUUUGUCAUUUUGUUAUUUUUAAAGUUUUGGCCAUUGAGUAAGAACAAAAACAAUUAACAAACAUUUUCUUUUCCUUUCCUUUUCGAAACAGACACUAUGAAGCCAUUUCAGUACUAAACUCUAGGAGAGUUAUGUACAUACAAAAAAAAGUUCUGUUUAAGAUAUGUCUCCUAUUAAAAAUAUUUACAUGCAUUUUUUUUCCCUCCCGGAUUCAUUGAAAGCUCCAACAUUCAUAGUGCUCCAGAUCUUUGUUUUGUUCUCCUACUGGGAUUGGAAAUCAGCUCCAAACAAAAGUGAAGUUGGAAUUACUUCAAUCUUCUGGAAAGGGAGAUUUUUUAAAAAUUUUAUUUUUGGGAUGUUUAUCAAUGGAUUUUUUUUUUUGUCUUUUUUUAAAAUUAUUUUAUUUUUAAUUUAUACAAGAAGGUUCGAUGUUUAUUUACAGGAGGAGCAGUGGGUGAUGGUUUGUCCUGGAGAUGUGGUGGUGAGAGAGAAGAGGGGGAUUUUAAAAAGUUUUUCUAUCAAACGGCAAUGGAUUCCUGUUUUUUGGGAGUCUGGUUUGAUUGUCAGCUGGGCUGGGCUCACUUUGGCCAGGGGGGACCCUCAAGGGGGGGAAUUGCUGCAGGAAAAAUCCCUGGUGCCCUGGAGGCCUUGGGAGAAGCGCUGGAAUGUGGGCUGUGAAAAAAUCGGGGUUGUUCUACCCAAAAAUCAAAAUAAUGGGAAAAAUAAACAUAGAAAUGAAAAGUUUGGACAUUGCAGACUGAGGCUCCUCUGCAGGGAUGGGGGAGCUGCCAGCACGAGCCUGGGGGUGCUCCGGAGCUCGGGGGCUUCGGAUCUAUCCCGGGAUCCCAUCCCGGAUCUGCUCCAGCCCUGGCAGCGGCAAGAGGAUCCUGAACCCAACCCCGACUCAUCCCGACCCAUGAAACCGGGACUGGGGUCAGGGUCACUGGGACUGGGGUCAGGGUCACUGGGACUGGGGUCAAGAUCACCGGGACUGGGGUCAGGGUCACUGGGACUGGGGUCAGGGUCACCGGGACUGGGGUCACUGGGACUGGUGUCACUGGGACUGGGGUCAGGGUCACUGGGACUGGGGUCAGGGUCACCGGGACUGGGAUCACCGGGACUGGGGUCAGGGUCACUGGGACUGGGGUCACAGGGGCUGGUGUCACCGGGACUGGGGUCAGGAUCACUGGGACUGGGGUCAGGAUCACUGGGACUGGUGUCACUGGGACGGGGGUCAGGAUCACCAGGACUGGGAUCACCGGGACUGGGGUCGGGGGGAUGUGAAGGGCAGGGAGGGGAGGGAGGAGCAGCAGGAAUUUGAGAGGUGGAAUCCCCCAUCCCUUGGGACAGGGAAUCCUGAAUCCCUUGGGACAGGGAUCGAGGCUGAAUCCUACAUUCCUUGGGACAGGAACUCUCCCAUUCCUUGGGAGCAGGGCCAAGGCUGAGUCCCACAUCCCUUGGGACAGGAAUCCUGGAUCCCUUGGGCAGGGGCUGAGGCUGAAUCCCACAUUCCCUGGGGCAGGGGCCAAGGGCUGCAGAGCCCAGCACAUGGUGCUGGAGGACAAAUCCUCCUCCCUUUCCUCUUUUCCCUCCUCCUUUUCCCCCUUCUCGUCCUCAGGAGCAGAGCCCCUGGCCCCGUGCCCAUCUAUACAUCUCUACAUAUACAUUAAUUACAUACACAUAUAUACACACACAGACACGCCCAGCCCAGCUCCCGGGCAGCCCAGGGAGUUCAUUUCCCACCAAACCUUCCCGGACUGAAAGCUCAGCAUUGCUUCAGAGCCUGGCAGAAAACCUUGGAGCCCAGAAAAAAUCAUGGCAAGGGUGGUUAUGGGAGAAAAAGGGAAUUUAAAAAUCCAUUCCUGUUCUCAGCUGAUGAGUUUGUCCCUGUGGAAGCCUCUGAGCUGGUGAUUCACGGUGGGGAGAGCUCA